CACAAUAAAAUGUGUCUUCAUAAAUUGUAAAUAACAGUUUUUUCCAACAUCGGUUAAUUCCCUCUUAUGGCCUAAAAGAAACCCGUUCGGAAGCACCGGUAAUCCAACGGAGUGUGUCAUCGCCAAAAAUUCCACACUUAUCGGUUUCACCGACCACGGUGAAUGAGUAUAGCUGUUGUUUGUCAAAAAGCGAAGCCAAAGUAGCUCGCAAAAUGUGGACUGCGUACGUCUUACCCGUUUUGAUAUGGAUUGCUUUCGUAUCAACACAAUCCUGGAACGGAACGUUGCACCAAAAUGGGACUACAUCCAACACAACAAACGUGACACACGUGGUUCAUCAUCACCAUCACCAUCAUCAUCAUGUUAUGAACGUUACCAAUGUAACUUCUCAGAUGCCAUAUGAUAAUCUUCCUCCGCUCGCAACAGCUGGAACAGAUUCUCCUAUCCAUGGAGGCAUACCGCUGUAUAAGCAUCCCCACUAUGAUGAAAGUGGCAAGGUUCUGUGGUUUCCUCGUAUACUUGGCGGGACUCCCGCAACGGUAGGUGAAUUUCCUUCCAAGGUAUCCCUGCAAACAAGUAGCAACUCGGCGCAUAUUUGUGGAGGAACCCUACUCACCAUGAGGCACGUUCUGACGGCUGCUCAUUGCGUAACCGAUAUUCGAGGAACACCGAUGAGUGUGUCUAGGAUACAAGCAAUGGCCGACGAUCUCAACGUUCUCCCAACAAUGCGCAGCCCUACCCGUCAAACACGUCCGGCGCACUCGCUAGUCAUCCACGAGAAAUAUGAUCCAUCUAAACUGACCAACGACCUGGCCAUAGUUCGAUUGGCCAGCGAGUUCUCCAAAACAAGCACACUGUAUCCAGCGAAGCGGGUCUCCAGUUCACCCCAAGCUGGCCAGCUUUGUUCUUUGUCAGGUUGGGGAGUCACUUCCGAGCAUUCCCAAAACAUUAGCCCAACCCUGCAGAGAGUCAAUCUAGAGGUACUAACGUUCGAUCACUGCAAUACCGCCUACAAGGGAACACUGACGUCGGGAAUGCUAUGCGCUUGGGGGCCGGGUCGGGAUGCCUGCCAGGGAGACUCGGGAGGCGCGUUGAUGUGCCACAAUCAGGUUGCCGGCGUGGUUAGCUUCGGUGCGGGCUGCGCUCAUCCCGGGUUUCCUGGAGUCUACAUGGACGUUGCGUAUUUUGAAAAAUGGAUUAAAAAAGCGAUAAAUGGGGCAGUAGGAGUCGUGCCGAAUGUUUGGUGUAUAUUGAUGUUGAUAGUUAUAGUAUUUAGAAUGAUUGUUUAAAGGCUUUUGAUGGUCAUUAUGAUAUUUGUAGUACUCGAAUCAUAG